AUGUCGACACUCACUCCGGGUGAACUGGAGGUGUACCAAGCAUGCUCUCAGGCCGAGGAUGGAAUGCUCCGCCAAAAGGAGCUAGAGAAGGCCACGACCAUCAAAGGAGCAGAUAUGGUCGCCGCUAUAAACGGGCUUCUGAAGAAGUCUCUUUUGAAAAUUAUGAAGGAUUCCAAGGGUGUAUUGUCGUACAAAGCUGUGGACAAGGCCGAUGCCAAAAUUGUAGGCUUAAUGGAUGCGGAUGAGAGUAUUGUAUACAAGAAGAUUCAGGAAGCCAAGAACGAAGGGAUUUGGACCAAACAUUUAAAGAGCACUGAACUUCACCAAUCAAUCAUCACCCGCGCUCUGAAGUCAUUGGAGAAAAAGGGACUCGUGAAGUCUAUCAAAUCGGUCAAGCAUCCAACUCGCAAAAUUUACAUCCUUGCCAACCUUCAGCCAUCUGUUGAAGUAUCUGGCGGCCCAUGGUACAACAACAGCGAAUUCGAAUCUGAAUUUGUUCAAACUCUCUGUAAAGCAUGUCUUAAUUUCAUUCAACAGCAGUCAUAUCCAGUACACAAGUCUAAAUCUAAAUUAUCUCCUCGGGCACUUUUCCCCACUUCGGCAUCUUCGCGCUAUCCAACGGCCGCAGCCGUUCUCAGCUUUCUGAAGGGAUCACACAUUACCGACACUCCACUCGAAAUAUCCCACGUAGAAUCCCUUCUUCAGGUCCUGAUUUACGACGGUUUAGUCGAGGCCCUCCCGGGAUCUGGGCUUGGCAGCCUGCCCGAUAUGGGCAGCGGUAGCGACAACGACAGUGGCUCAGAAUCGGAUAGCGAAACCUCGGACGACGAAUCUUCGCGCAAAAAGAAAAGGCGCAAAAAAGACAAAGAGAAAUCGAGCAGCAGCAAUAGUAAAAAGGGGAAGAAGCGCCCACGGGACGAUUCAGGUUCUGACUCGGAUGACAAUUCGUCAGAUGGCUCGAAUGUGUCUGUUGGACGGAAAAAGAAACGACGUAAAGCAACUGAUAACGGAUCCGACUCUGACUCGGCCAAGUCUGAUUCGGGCUCCGAUUCCGACGAGGAAGACGCCCGUGCCAAAAAGCGUAGAAAAUCAAAAUCCAGGAGCAAGUCCAAAUCAAAGUCCAAAUCGCGCCGGGCGAGUUCCGAUUCCGAGUCAGAUUCGGGAGGCGACUCCGGUUCGUCCAACUCGGAUUCGGAUUCGGACGACGAGCGCGGACGCAGAAAGUCCAAGAGCAAGUCCAAGUGCAAGUCGUCCUCCAAAUCAAAGUCGAAAUCAAAGUCCAAGGUGAAACGUGAGCCGUCGCCGGUGGAAGUUCAAUUUGAUGCGAACGCGGGGAGAGUAUAUCGCGCGAUUCGCCCUGAACGGGUCGCGCUGGGGUGGGCUCAGAGUCCAUGCCAUGCUUGCCCGCAGUUCGACUUUUGUCAUGAUGAUGGCCCUGUGAACGCGCGCGAAUGUCAGUAUUACUCAACGUGGUUGAAUGCGGGUAUUGCGGACGCUGAAUAA